UAAUAAAUUAAAUAUAAAUUGUUUCAAACAGCUAUAAAAUAAAAUUGUUGCAAGUAAAACAUAAAAUUAAAUUAAUAAACCUAAGAAAAUAUUAUUUUUUAAUCUCAGAUAAUUCUUAAAAUUUAAAUGUAACCAGAAAGGCUGAUUAAUUCUUAUAUUUAGCAAUUAGUUUACUUUUAAAGCCAUAUGAAUAAUUUAAAUAAGGAUUAAGGAUAUUAAAAUCUUAAAUUAAAAAAAAGGAAACUUCGAAUAUAUAAGAAGAAACGACUGAUUUUGCGAUAGAAAUAAAUCAUAUUAAAAUUUAAGAAAUAAGGAAAUUUGAUUAAUAAGGUUUAAAAAUUUAAUUAAGAAAUUGUAAAGAAAUUGAAGAUAAAAAAAAAGAUAUUUUUUGAUACCAUAUUUUCUUCUCCAAAAAUUCCAAGCAAAAAACAAAAAAUAUAUGGAAGAAAGAUCCUGUUUUUAAAAUUCAAUUAAAAUAAAAAAUCGAGAGCCAAAACAAAAAAAACAAAAUUAUAUUAACAAAACUAAAAUCAAAGAAAACAACAAAAUUCUGCUUCAAAAUGAAAUUCGCAAAUAAAAUGCAUUAUUUAAGUGAUAAUUCAAUAUCAAUUGGAUCAAAAACAAUUAAAAUAGAACCAAUAGAUGAUGAUAAUAUAGCAUCAUCAUCAUCUUCAACAAUUGCUUCAUCAUCUUCUUCAUCGCCAUCUAGAUCUCAUCAUUCUACUGAUGAAUAUCAUGGUAAUCAUUACCAUAGUAAUCAACAUCAGCAACACCAGCAAUAUCAUUCAUCAUCUUCAAAUCAACAUAAUCAAAAUCAUCAUCAGCAUCAACAAAGACAAAGUUAUCAUCAAAAUCAUCACCAAAAUAGUCCAAAAAUUAUUCCAAAAAUGAAUUUUUAUCGUCAACGACAGUCAGAAUCACCACCUCAUCAAUUAGAUAAUCAUCAGUCACAACAACAGCAACAACAACGUUAUUCAAAUAAUAAACAUCAUAAUGUUGCAAGAGAAUAUCAUAUUGAUGCAUCACAAGUUGAAAUAACACGAAGUGGUAAUAGUAUUUCAAUUGUAAAUCGAUCUGGAAAUCGAUGUCCUAGAUCACCACCACCACUUAAUAUAUCAUCUCAUAAUGGUGGAACAGCUCAAAUAGUAAUAACUAGAGCAAUACAGACAUCAUCAAAUUCUGGGUCAUUGCAAUCUUCUGCAACAGCAUCAUCAACUACAUCAUCACCAACGUCAUCACAUCAUCAUGCAGAACAUCAUCAACAACCACAGCAAAUGCAUCAACAAAUACGUCAAUCACAGCAACAACAAAAUCAUCAUCAUCAACAACAACAACCACAACAACAUCAGCAGCAACAAGUUCGUGUUAUUUGUGAUGGUCGAUUAUAUGACGAAGAAUCAAGACGUCGAAUAAUAUCACCAUCACCACCACUAUCUUCAUCGUCAUCAUCAUCAUCAUCUCAUCAUCAUUUACAUGCUCCAGAUAGUAAUCUACGUAUUUUAUCAUCUGUAGCUGCUGUAGCGGCUGAAGAAGAACAAGCUGCAGCGGCUGCAAGAAAACAUGCUAAUAAUAAUAAUAGUAAUAAUACUAAUAGUGAUUCCACUACAUCAAUUGUUACAAGACAUGUUAAUGUUAUAUCAAGUAAUUUAAAAUCUAUUGAUAAUAAUUAUAAUGGAACAAUACAAAAAUCCAAUAUAAGUGUUGCCAGUAAUAAUACAAAUAAUAAUAAUAAUAACAAUUGUGUUAAUAAUAAUAACAAUAGUAAUAGUAAUAAUAACAGUAAUACGACAAUAUUUCGUACACCUGUGGUAUCAAGCAGUAGUAGUAAUAGUAUUAGUAAUGGUAGUAGUAUUAAAAAUAAUAGUAAUAGUGGUGGUGGCAGUAAUCAUAUAAAUAAUAAUAGUAAUGUCAUGCGCCCACCGCCUCCACCUCCGCCACCAAAAAUUAAAUCAACCAGUGCUCUACAAUCAAGUCAAUCAUCAUCAGUAUCCAGUGGUAGUAGUUCAAUGAUGAACAAUAAUAAUAGUGAGGAACCGUCAAGUUCCAUACCAGAUUUAGGUAAGAAUCAAAAUGUUUUUACACAAAAUUUUGACUCUUCAAGAACAGAUUCUCGAUCCCCCUUUAUGAUUUUACAAAAUAUUGAAAAGAAAUUAUAAUUUUCUUUAUGGGUUCUUAUAUACAAUAAUAUUUUGGUUUAUGAAUUUUACAUAAAAAGUUGUAAGUAUAUUUAUGCAUAUAAUUAUACAAAAUAAUAAAAAUUUAUUCAAAAUUAUGUACAUUAAUUGAAAUUAAUUUAAAAUUAAAGUAAAUUUUAAAAUAAAUUAUAAAGCUGCGUAGUGAAAAAGAUUGUGAUGUCUCUAAUCCUGUACAACCUUUAAUGUUUAUAAAGACAACGUCCGCGGACAAUAUUUCUCAUUAGACUUUGAUAUCUGCGUCUCAAUAUAAGUUGGUUAUAUUUCAUCAAAUUUUAAUGGCUCCGUUUUAAUCUGUUUUAAUGAAGGUAUAGUUAGUAUAUUAAAGAAAUUUUAAAUAUUUUCAUUAGUUGUUUACAAAAUUCAUUGAAAAAAUUUUUUUAUUC